CACCGGGACACGGAACAUGGCGUCAAAAUGUCCAAAAUGCGACAAGACGGUGUAUUUCGCGGAGAAGGUGUCAUCUUUAGGGAAGGACUGGCACAAAUUCUGUCUGAAAUGUGAGCGCUGCAACAAGACGUUGAAUCCAGGAGGCCACGCUGAGCAUGAUGGGACGCCUUACUGCCACAAGCCUUGCUACGCCGCCCUCUUCGGACCCAAAGGCGUGAACAUCGGCGGAGCCGGCUCCUACGUGUACGAGGCUCCUGUCAACGAAGCCCCUGCUGCUGUUUCCAUGGAAACAGAUGCCAAACCAGAGGAGAAAAAAGCCCCCGCACGGGGACCAGUGAAGGCUGCAAGCUUCUCCUCUUUCUCCGGAGGACCCAACAUCUGCCCCAGAUGCAACAAGACCGUUUAUUUCGCGGAGAAGGUGUCAUCUCUGGGAAAGAACUGGCACCGGCCCUGUCUGCGCUGUGAGAGGUGCAGUAAGACUCUGGCUGCCGGCAGCCACGCCGAGCAUGAUGGACAGCCAUACUGCCACAAACCGUGCUACGCUGUGCUGUUUGGGCCCAAAGGUGUGAACACCGGCGGUGUCGGCAGCUACAUCUACGACGAACCUGCUGAAGCCGAGGCCCAGCCCUGAGCCUCGACGCCCCCCCAGGACCCUCCAGGGCCAUCCAGGACCAUCCAGGACCCCCCAGGACCCUCCAGGGUUUGCCUUCUACAGUCACACAGGUGACGGAUGAUAUGUACUGCGAUCACAGGGAUGGAUAUUUAGAUGUUUCUGUUGUAUUUGUAUAUUGUUUAUAUAUCUAUUUUUUGUACCAAUACUAACCUUUAACUUGUCCUCCCAUGUGAGUUUUAGGAUUUGCCUUUCGGUUUCUUGGUUCUCUUUGCCAAAUAAUUAUUAUGUAGUAGAUUUAAUGAUGAUUAGUUGUUUUUCAGACUAUUGUGCACUUAUGAAAUGUACUGUAUGAAACGUACGAGCCCACCAAUUUAUUGUCAGUGUUUGGUGAACAGGAUCGUCCUGCUUCUAAAAUAUUGGGAUGAGAUGUAGACGACGUGAAUUUUACUGAAUGUUAUGAAGUUUGGGGUCAAAAAGUGUUCAACUGUGCAUCACAUUUUCUACAGUAAAACUGUGUGGUACCAAA